AUGUGUUACUAUGGCAGCUACUAUGGAGGCCUGGGCUAUGGCUGUGGAGGCCUAGGCUGUGGCUGUGGCUGUGGCUAUGGCUGUGGCUGUGGCUGUGGCUGUGGCUGUGGCUAUGGCUGUGGCUGUGGCUGUGGCUGUGGCUGUGGCUAUGGUGGCUAUGGCUAUGGCUGCUGUCGCCCACUGUGCUGUAGAAGCUACUGGUCCUAUGGCUUCUACUGA